AAAAUGCCUUAGUUACUAAACGUGCGUACUGCGGGACGGAUGUGUCGACCGUUACCCUUGUAAUACACAAAAAAAAAAAAAACAAAACUCUCCCAGAUUUUGGACUCUGUCGGUGAUCGGUUCAGUGGAAUUUGUAUUUAAACAGUGGCAGUGAAUUCUCGUCGGAUACAAUAAGAUAUCGAGCGGGUGUUUGUGAACGCGUGGCGCGCUCUGUCGGGGUUCGGUGGCGUGAGGUCGCGGGGCGCGCGGGACGGGGCUGCUUCCCCCCGCCUCAGUCUCUGCUGCGACUUCGAGGGGAGAGGACGUGUCGCCGUGCUGUAAGAUAGCGGCGUCGUUCGCGCGGGUAACUUUGAACAGUGACCGUAUAACGAGUGAAUUGUGACAAGAGAAAUGUGUGUCGGAUUGCGGUGCGCGAAUCGGAUGCAGUGAUAGGAUCGCACUAACCGGAUUGCAGUGUACCAUUUGGAUUUGUCAGUUAGAAGGAACUAUCAUCAAACUGGGGAUGCAUAAGAUGGAACUCGGCGACAGCGUGUACGCCGCUGAGCGCAUCAUGAAGAAGAGAACUAGAAAGAAUAAAGUGGAAUACUACGUGAAGUGGAAGGGAUGGAAACCGAAACACAACACCUGGGAACCCGAGGAGAACAUCCUGGACCCGAGGCUGAUACAGAGCUUCGAAAGGGGAGAGGAGAUGAGGAAACAGGGGAGGAGGAGGGAGAGGGAGCCGUCGCCGGGGGAGCAACGGCCGAGGAGUGGCUCCGAGGAGAGGGCCGCGGGGGGCAAGAGGAAGGCGGAGGUGCUGAGCAGGGAGUCGGGGAAGAUCGGCGUCACCAUCACCAUGAGUCCGCCCGCCAAGAGGCACGACGGCGGCAAGGCGAGCGCCAGGACACACGGCCAGCCGCCGCCAGCCGCGCCGCCUGGGGGAGCGCCGGCCCCGGCCUCGCCCGCGGCGGAGGCGGCGGCGCCAAGGACCGGGCCGCGGAGGGCUCCGCACUCGCCCGAAGAGGCAGAUGCACACACGCCGCCAGAUAGGGACAGAAGGACGGACACACAGCCCGCAGCCGCCGCGCCCGCAGAGCCCAGGGGAGCGCGCCCGCCACCUACACACGCCGCGCACGCCGACCCCGACGACGACGACUCGUGGGGCGAAGCGCCAGCCACCGCGCCGCCGCCGCCACCGCCUGCCCCUCGCCGCGGCGCCGCCUACUGGAUGGCGCGCUCGCCGGUGGCCGACCAGAUCUUCAUCACGGACGUGACCGUCAACCUGCAGACCGUCACCAUCAGGGAGUGCCGCACCGAGAAGGGCUUCUUCAAGACACGCGAGCACCGGCCGCUGGACAUCACGUAGACGAGCACACGCACAGACUGUACAUAACGUGUAGGUAGUAUUUAUUUAGUUGUUAGGUAAAGUAAUUGUUGACAGUCCUCGUGGACCCGAUCCAUCAGACUACUGUGACCCGUGUCGAGUGUCACUGUGAGGGAGAGUGUGGUGUUGGUGAUAUGAUAACGAGUGCCCGUCACUCUUGAAUCUCUCCGUGUGUUAUGUCUUGUACAUACUCUGUUCCGGUAUAUUUUGUAUAUUCUGUUGUUGUUACUUUGUGAUUUCCGUUCCUGUAUGUGAUGUAUUAUGUUGUUUUUGUUCCGUCGGUGAUCAAGUUCAUGUCUUAAUACUUAUUAUUUAUUAUGGAGAUGAUGCUGUUGGUUUAUGAAAUUGACUGCUUGUUUUUGUUUACAUUUUUUUUUUUAUUAUAAAGGUUGCCAGUGUAUUAAAUGUAUGAUAGUUUCCAACCCGUGUAGUAUCUAUAGUAAGUUAUUUAGUCUGUGGCGGCCGAUGGUAGCUCUUAUUCCCCUCAGACUUCUGUGUAAUGUUAAAACUAUUAUUUAGUUCCUCAUAUUUAUUAUAACGGAGGCGGUGAGCUCGUUGCUAUUUAAGUUUUCUGUAAUUUUGUAAUACAAUUUUAUGAUUAUUUUAUAUAUAAACAUCACAAACGCUAUUUAUAUCUGUAUAUAGAUGCAUAAUUUUUAUACAACAACAUAAUAAUAUAAGGCAUAAUAAAAUGAAACAUGUCUCCGAUGAAACACAUCUCUCAUAACAUUAAUUUCAAUUUUGAAUCAUAAAAUUGUUUUAUAAAUCAAUGUUUGUGUUAAAUAGUGCACUUUAAUAGACAUUUGUAUAUAAUGUAAAUAUUAGUAUAGACAACUCGUUUCAUAAUGUGAUAGUACUCACACUCUGUAGACUGUAAAUAAAUAAAAAGAAAUUAAUUAGA